AUGCGCCUGCGCGGCUCCGUGCACGGGCCCGAGCGCCGUGUGAACCGGCACUUCCACAUGAUCUGCAUCCGGGACAAGUUCAGCCAGAACAUCGGGCGCCAAGUCCCAUCCAAGGUCAUCUGGGACCAUCUGAGCACCAUGUAUGACAUGCAGGCGCUGCACGAGUCUGAGAUUCUCCCCUUUCCGAAUCCAGAGAGGAACUUUGUCCUCCCAGAGGAGAUCAUCCAAGAGGUCCGAGAAGGGAAGGUGAUCAUUGAGGAGGAGUUGAAAGAGGAGAUGAAGGAAGAUGUGGACCCCCACAACGGGGCUGAUGAUGUAUUGUCAUCUUCAGGAAGCUCGGGGAAAACCACAGAAAAGUCUGGCAAAGAGAAAGACAGGAGCUCCUCAGACUUGGGAUCCAAGGAAGGAGCGGACAAGCGGAAACGCAGCCGGGUCACUGACAAGGUUCUAACAGCAAACAGCAACCCGUCCAGCCCCAGCGCCGCCAAGCGGCGCCGGACGUAG